CACAGUUCCAACCCCAGCGUCGCCUUGCGCGUCUCCGCCCAACCCCGAUCACCCCCGCCGUUUCACGAACGCAUAAUUACACAAUGGCGAAGGACAAGCUCGGCGAAAACGAUAAGCCCGACUGGUCAGGCCCGACCGCCACCAAGUUCGACAAUAAAGCGUACAGCGAGUAUUUUGACCCGUGCCAGGAGGCGGCGGACAAGAGUAUCCGAUGCCUGAAGCGGAAUGGCGGCGAGCGGGCCAUGUGCAGUGAUUUCUUCCAGGCGUAUCGGGAUUGUAAGAAGCAGUGGAUGGAGGCUCGCGCCGAGGCGAAGCGGAAUAAACCAUGGUUCUAGGUAGACUAAGGCAGCGCACGAUACGGCGAGGGGGUCGCAUGUAUAUAUUCCUCUCUGGGCAUUGGGUCGGAGUUUGGUGUUGUGAUGUGCGUUGAGGAGAUGCACGGUGUACGAUACGAUGUACUACGAAGGAAGGGGAUACAUCGAUCUGGAAUGAGGCCGCGGCCCGUCUUGCUUUAUUUCGCAACGGAUGUACGCAGUUCCGAGAGCUUGUGUUGGAGUGCCCGAAGCGAGAACUACUGGUGGAAUGGGCGGUGAUAUGUACGAUAAUACUUGAUGAAGCUGUCACAUACGACCAUAGGACGUUGAAAACAAGGUCUCCUGUCCGGUCCGC